AUGGAUCCGCCUCAUGAUCUCUCUGGAGCUGAUCGAAAAGACGACAACGCGAGGCCGACCACUCCAGACGAAACGCAAAAUCUCCAACAUUUCUCAGAUGUAGGUCUCGGUACCAUUACAUCACCCAAAGCGCGAAGACCAGCAUCAGCAGCAAGUCGGCGGUCGGCAUUCUCCAGUCCCAGGAGCAACGCUUCUGGACGGAGUGACCGAGAAGGCGACUAUGCGGAUCUGAAUCAUCAAGCUAAUUUGGACGCCAUAGCCUCGAGCGCACACAGUGCCGCCCAACAGGCUGAGUUACCAGGACAGACCAGUGCCGAGUCGCAAUAUACGCCAGCAAUUACCGACAUUGAAAAUAAAGCACCAGCCGUUAACGAGAGAGGGUUGACUCGACAUCACAACCUUAAUAACAAAGAACAGGACUCAGAGGAGGGACGCGCGAAGGUCGACUAUGAGAAAAUCUUACUGGAGAACGAAAAGCUUCGCAUUAACAACACCGCACUUGAUAAGGGGAUAAGGGCACUUGACGGACUUUGCGAAAAUCAACAAAAAGAGAUCGAGGUCUGUCAAGAGAAGCAGGUCGCAGCCGAGCGGCUUGCCGAAAGUCGCCAACACGAAGUCAUCGAGAUAAGAAGAUCGAAGGAAAAAGUCGAUAAAGAUCUGGCUGAAUCACAAGCACAGAUUCGGGAGCUGGAGAGAGAGAAUUCAAAGCUCCGGUUGCUGGAGGAUGAAAAGCAGAGGCGAGUUAAAGCCGAGUGGCAGUUAGGAGAUCUCUAUGGUGAGCUCGAGCAAAAGAAAGCAGAGGUCAGCUCCCUAUUGUGCGAAGCGCAAGAGCUUCGUGAGUCAAAACAGCAGUCCGAAGAAGCGCAAAGGAAAAGCGAAGAAGAGCGCAAGAAGCUGUCCGAGCAAAUCAAGCGAUCGCUUGUAUGGGUACAGGAGGCACACAGACAACAAGCCCAGAGAGAUAUGGAACAAUUCCGCCUCCAUGACAGACACUUAUUCAAUGCUGACAGGCGACGACCUUCAACGACCCGCGAUUUUGAUCGGACAUCGGCCGAACAGCAGGAGAUUCUUGGGGACUGUUGGUUCUCCCGGCCCCAAAGUGUGGCCAGCCAGUCGCAGGUUUCCGAAAAGGCCUUCUGGAGAUCGCACACUUUCCUUAAUGAGCCGACAAGCUCACCUGUUUUGGACUCUCUUUCCCGAGAUGCACGUGGCUCCAUAACUUUACAGUCCCCAUCCAUGGAGUCUGAGAACACCGCAGAAAAAAGGCCGCCGUCAAGCAAGAGGGUUUCAUUUCUAGAAAACGAUUCACUUAUAUUCCAGCCAACACCAAAUCGUUCUGGUCAUUACCGGUUGGGUUCCUCACUUCGUCGUCAAUCUGAUCCUUCUUCUAAGAAGAGCAGACCCGCAAGGCCAUCAGUGUUGCGAAACUCAUCGGUUCCUGAUGGGCCUUAUCAACGCGAACCCGCGCAGGCAAACAAUGGCCGACGAGUGAAAAUCCCCAUAGAGGAUGAUGAGGCGAGAGCGGAAAAAGCUCUGCGAGGCCGUGCGCUGUCCAUGCCGACUACACAGAAAGAGCAUACAGAAUUCCGUGAGGCGUUGCAAAGAACGGCUCCGAUGUGCAUUAGAUGGGACGCUUCCAGAAAUCGCGCCGUCUUCGAGCCCGAGCCCACCCCAACUACCAUCGGAGUGAUUCAUGCUCCGGAGGGUGGUCCCUCGGGCGCAAUCAUCGGCAAUUUCGAAGCAGGUUCUAGAGGGCCGCUAGACCGAGAGAUGCUUGGAGGGACUGGCGAAUCUGGAUUUUGGAACGCUCUAGAGUUCGUUUGGUCUGGAUUUUCCAUAUCCGCAACUCUGGAGAAGUAUGGGAUCAUGAAAAGCACCGAAGCUGGAGGAUCAAGGACUGAAUCAACAAAACCAAGCAACGUACCGAUAGGGGAGUCUGCAUUUGCAGACUUUAUCAGCAAAUCCUCGAUCGCUGAUGGAAGUCGAUGUCGGACACCCCCAGACAAAGUGUCAACCAUCGCAAAGGCUUUCACAAUCACAAAAAGCAUUGCUCUCUCCGCUCUGACGCUGCUGGCAUUAUAUACAAGCAUUUUGCCAUCCACGACGCCAUCUCUCUUCUGUAAAGAGACGCCGGGCAUCCCAGCCUCACCUCAACCACUACUCACAUGUCAACCUUGUCCAAUUAUCUCCGAGGAUUCCGCCAACAAGGCGUAUCAACCACGCACCGAAGUGGUGGCAAACAUGGAGACUAUGAAAAUGCCAGUCGGGCCUACCGAACCCUUGAUACUGGCGUCUACCGAGACGGAAACUGUGACUGAAUUGCUUAUUGAGACAAUGAUGCAGACUCAGAUUCACAUACACACGGAGAUGGAAACCAAGACUCGAAUAGAAAUGAAGACAGAGACAGUGACUAUUUUUACUGACUCGCCAUCCCCUCUCUCCCCGACCCGAUCUUUCAGACGUAAGAUCCGGAUAUCGAAUUCUGAACGAAGCAGCACCAUCCCCAGCGCCGCUGGCCCUAUUCCAGUUCCACGCCCGUUCCCAAAAAGCGCCUCUCUAGCGCUGGACGACGACAGAUAUUGGGCCUGUUCCUGUCCAGACACAUCAAGCAACCUAUGUGGCAAGCCUUGUGCCACAUCCUUGUCUUCAUCGCGACUUUCGCCCCCGCGAAGGAGUAUCGACCCUACAGCAUCUGAGACCGACGAGCGCGCCCAAAAUGCUCGACAGCGAAACUUGCAGCUGCAACGGCUAUACACCGGUCCGACAUAUUGGGGCCUGUUGCCUGAAAUCCAGCAACAAUUGGAUAUCUGGCAGUACUGUGUUAUACAACUGUUGCUAGGUGGAACACGGGGGGCAGGAGUAUACUGA